AUGUUCCAACGAUUGAUUUUCGUUGUUGUUGCUUGUCUUUUCUGCCUUUCAAUGUCAUCAGCACAAAAAUUUUUGUACAAUCCAAAAGUGAGUCAUAUCUAACAUAAGUGUUCUCAUAGUAAUAAUCACAAAAAACGUUAAUUAACCUUUCCAAAUAUAAAAUUUUCCAUCUCAUUUUGCAGUUUCCACAAAUUGGUGCAUAUAGCGAUGAUGGAUCAUCUCUUGAAAAUGUCGACCUUUUUCCAUAUUUACCAGAUAAACGUGCAUUUUCAUUUCAUGCGGCACGUGGCAAGAAAAAUAUUGAUGGUGGAGAAAAACGAUAUUCAUAUUUCCCAUCUCGCGGUUAA